AUGGAUGACCUUGACUCAGCCAUAUCUCGGCAGAAUGAGCAGUACGGUGAUGCCAGCGGGCAUUCAAUUGCACAAGCUGAGGAGAAGAGGGAGGAGCACCAGCCAGAACAAGCACCCAAUUCUGGAUCGGUAAUGGUGGAUGAGGGGGAGCAAGAAGAUCGCUCAGUUGAAUCGAUUGAACCAGAGCAAAUUCACAACUCAGGUGAACAAGAUGCUUUUGAACAGAAUCCCACCUCUCAACAACAACUACCGGAAAUCAAUGCCGAAAGUUUGGGAGGAAUAGCAAACCAGAUUCCGAAAUCGCUUUCGGAUACAGGAAUCUACCAAAAACAUGUUAGUCCACAGUAUCAAUACAAUAAACACAACGAAUCCAUCUUUGACGACGAAAAGUUGUUCCCCUGUUUGCCCAAGGACAAUUCUGACAUCAGUUUGGUUAAAUAUGACGAUCAGAAGCAGGAAAUCAUUAACCAUGCUACACUUCAAGCAUUGAUUGUCCAAAUGACUUCACCAGAAGUUAUCGAUUACAAUCUUAUAAGUGACUUUUUCCUAACGUAUAGAAUGUUUUCCACCAGCACUGUCAUUAUGAACUUGAUAACGACGAGACUAAUUUGGUCGCUUCAGUACAUCAACUCAGGCACAGAAACAAAUACCAAAAUUGGAAAAUUGGUUUUACUUCGAACGUUUGUUGUGUUACGGCAUUGGAUUAUCAACUACUUUGUUGACGACUUUGAUGACAACCACGAACUAUGCGACAUAUUUUCUCUGACCAUCAACGGCAUAAUAUCAGAGUCAAAUUUGAUUUACAAGGGUAAUUUCAUAGUUUCAGGAGACCACCUUUACGUCACGAAAAUUCUAGGUGAUUUGAAAAUGCACUGGCUAACUUUGUUGAACAAAUUUUGGCUUCUAGGACUAGACCUCAAUAAUAGUCUGCAAGAGACAUCUAUAUUCAACUACACCGUACCUUUAACUAAUGAGCUCAAGAAGUCUAAAAGACUUUCAAAAUCAAACACAGAAAUAUCCAUUCACACGAAUCCUUCAUAUCGUCGGUCGGCCAUGCUUUCAUUGUACGAUCUGAGAACACAUCACAAAAUGCUUAUUUUUGAUAGCGACUCAGGUCUGGAAGAGAAUCCACAAUUCUCCAUAAACAACCUAUUACUACACCACCAGUCAUCUCGUUUGUCGAUAAACAACAAAAUCCAUGAGAUUCAAAAACAAAAGAGAUUGGUUAAAUCGCCAAUUUUCGGCUCUUCGUUUGAAAACUCAGCAAGGCUUUCCCCCUUCAUUAUUGCUUCGGAUCUGCAGCAACAUACACCACGGACACCCACAAGUUUCUCGCCCAAAAACAAAAGAGCUUUGAGCCAGACUACUAGACACAAUCGGAUGGAAAUUAAAGACUCAUCGCUAGAUUUAAAGAAAACCACGGUCAACGUACCACCUAAGGAGGAGAAGCUUUCAACGCCAACGAAGGACAAAAAACUUGCAUCUGAUUCAUGCAAAGAAGUUGGGUUUUCAACAAACGGGCAUGUCAGACUUCCAACAUCAAAAGUUUUGACGAUUAUUCCACCAACACCCGUGAAGAAGAUGGACUGCAAAAUCGUAAAGCAGAGCCUGUAUGGCCCAGAAGUGGAUAAUCUUUUUCAACCUCCAGUCAUAGAUGGUGCCCGCCGUGACCUGCUUUCCAGAAAAAGCUCUGUCAAGAAGGUUAUGGAUAAUUGGAAAAAAUCACUUUCAGCACAUUCUCGUAGCUCUGGGGUUGAUAUCAAGCCCUCAAUGACAACUCAUAGGAACCAUUCGGCGUCGGAUGCGACAAAAAGUACUUUUGAGAAUUUCGUACCCAAUUCCGAUGAUGUGGUGGACGAAACUUGCAUUGGAAACCGAGUGGAUGUAUUAAGUGCUCGAAUCGUCGAUGAAUUGGAGUACUUGAUUCAAUACUAUACGAACGGUUCCGGUUUCAGUAGCAUCAUACACGAGGUGGAUGGCGACUUCGUUGAUGAAGACGGUGACAGAUUUGUGAAUGUUCCCAAGAUAGCCGAUGGCAAUGAAAACAACUACGAUGUUGACUUGCAACCUAUUGAAAUCUUGAAUGAAAGUGAGGAAGACGUUGAUAUAAAUGAUUUAUCUGAGUUGAACAUCAACAAAAUUGACAACCUAAUAAACGAAAAAGAAGAAGGUCCGAUACAGACAAUAAAAGUGGAAAGAAAUAUAUCGGAGAACGUGCUUGACGAGUUGGACCUAUCUGGAGACUCAUUCCAGAAGCCGGCCAGUAUCAACUGGAACGAUGAGGAUGUCGUUGAUCUAGAUGUCUCGGCAGAUAGAGACACUAAUAUGCUGCAUGUAGAGGAUCAAGGUGAUUUUUGUUCAUCCAGUGAAUCAAAAGAGGGAGAAGGCCAACGAUAUGAGGCGCCCAAUUUCAAUUUUCAACAGUCUACCCAAUCAUUUGAGACUUCUACUAUUUCCACUCCAAGCAAUAUUACUCUGUAUGAUGCAGAAGUAGCUGAGUUGGGUAUAGCCAUGAGUCCACCACCAGGUAAGCCAAACAGGGUCAGCUUUAUUGAAGGUGAGCACUCCCACAUUGUUUACAAUAAGAGAUUUUCCAAAAUGUCACGCAGCUCGAAUGCAUCAGCAAAUAAAAGAGAGUCAUUAGUGUCGUACCUCAGUUACGACUCUGCAUUUUCCAUCACUAAUGAUAGCAAUUCAGGCAAACAAAGUGUGGUUUACACUGGACUCAGAAAAAAGACUGGGGUUCAGAAUCUUAGAGGUGACGCUAAUGAUCAAAAAUUCGGUCUCGGUCCUUCCAUUAAUUUAGUGCCAUCACGAAUGUCCAGUCAAAACUCAAGAGGCUCACGCAAAAGUGUGAGGUUUAGUGUCUUAGGGGCACUUACUGAGCUACCUUUCAACGAAGCCGAUAUCGGCCUGAUCAACAAUCGUCAUUCGCAUUAUUCAUCGGCAGAUUUGGCAAAUAGUUCCAUCUUUUCAGUCGGUAUGAGGAGCAAACGUGAGUCGACCAGAGUGGAACAUACACAAAAUACCGCAGAGACGGGAUCGGCAACAAACUCGAUCAUGAUACCUGGAAUAAGCUCUCAUGCCUUGAAGGAGUUGGCAGCAAUACCAGACGAAUCAAUGAAAUCGACCGAGGAUCCUGUUGAGUAUGCUUUCAGUAAGUUAGAGGGCAAGGUUGUUCCAGUGUUUAAUCCUAAAAGAAAAGACGGAGAAGAUGAUAGCGAUAUUCAAGUGGACGAUACGGAAGCUAUACUCAGACAGAUAAACGACGCGAAAACCGAAGAUGCAAUUGACUCCACUUUUGAUUUUAGCCAUGUUAAUCCCUUAACUCCGAUUAGAAAGCACCCAACAACCCGGACAGAAAGUUCAAGCAAUCAAUCUACUUCGAGUCUAGAUGAUGCAGUCAAUAUGGAGGUGUUUGAUUUUCAGCAACCUGGAAAGAUAAACGGACCCGAAGUCAAGGAGCAUCCAUCACCGAAGAUAAUUCUUGACCAUUAUGCUCCGUCAAGCGAUCUUUUGUCGGUGAAGCACAUUAUGGACAAUAACGCUCAUAUCUCAUUUGUUUUGUCGUUUGACUCAAAGUCCUUGGCUAAUCAUUUUACCAUUAUUGAAAAGGACAUGCUACAAGAAGUGGAUUGGAAGGAUUUGAUUGAAUUGAAAUGGAACAAGAAGUUGACCCCGGUAAACAGUUGGCUAGAAAUUAUUGUCAAUGAUGACUACUACAUUAAGAAUAAAGGGGUCAACUUGGUGAUUGCUAGAUUCAAUUUGAUGGUGAAUUGGAUCAUAUCGGAGAUUCUUUUGACUCAAAGCCAAACGGAAAGAGUCCAUAUAAUCUCUCGGUUCAUUCAUAUUGCACAACAUUGUUUAGACUUACAAAAUUAUGGAACAUUGAUGCAAGUUAUUUUGGCAUUGACUUCGCAAAAAGUACAAGGUUUCAGAAAUACAUGGCGCAACUUACCACCUGGUGAUAUAUUGACUUUAAAGACGCUAGAGGAGUUUGCAUCGCCUUUGAAAAAUUUCCUAAAUAUCAGGUUAUCCAUAAAUCACGUAAAACCAUCGAAAGGUUGCAUCCCGUUUGUCGGGUUGUAUUUGUCAGAUUUGACUUUUAAUGCUGAAAGACCCAGUGUUGUUAACAACAACAAUAACAACAAUAAGGAUGCGCCUGAAUUAAUAAAUUUCUCAAAGUUUAGAACUUCGGUGCACAUUGUCAAGUCAUUAUCACAAUGUAUUGAGUGGUCGGGCAAUUAUCAAAUGGAAGUGCAACCUGACUUGUUGUCCAAGUGUUUGUAUAUUAAGUCGUUGGAUGAAGAAGAGAUGAACUAUUGUAUCUCAUGCCGGCUUGAUUAA